UUUUAGGUUUCAAACAUCUAUCAUUUCUCAAAAACUAUUAUUUAAACAUUAUUAAAUUCAUGUAUUCCCUUUCAAAAGAAGUAACAAUUUAUUUGAUUUUAGGCAUGAUGUGCCUUUAAAGCAAUUUAUGUCUGUGCGGUCUUAAGAAUAAUGUGUCACCAUCCUUGUUCAUUUAAGCAAAGUAUUUUAUCCACGCUUUCGCCCAAUUCCGCUGGGGUGUGUUUCAAGAAUACCCCGAAGAAGGUGAAAGCGAGUUUUAUAUAUCAGUGACAAAUGGGCGACCAGAGGCAAUCAGAUGUACCAUACAGCUUAGAGGACUGGUACAGAAAAAUGAUUCCGCCCACACUAUAUGUUACUUACCAUCUCAGGCACAGAGCGCUCACGUGGUGGCAUCCGUCGACAAUGUGACAGGCUUGUAUGAACGCGAGUGUCUUUGGAGACCGUAUCCUACCAGACAGAGAACAAAGGCAUCUAUAAUGGAUCACCAAUAUAUCACUAAUAUCGAAACAUUUUGCGACGACAACCAUACGGACUAUAUGACAGAGCACAAUUAUGAAGCUCCGAGUAAACACAACAGACUGUGUGGACACAGAAGCACGUGGAAUAUAAUUACACAAACAGACGAUUUUAGAAAUGGAAGAAAUCCUCCUCAUGGUCGUCUAGACGCUCAACUAGAACCGACUUUUAUUGUAAUGAGAGCGCCUGGAAGAAAACGCAGGGCAGCCAUAUUGAUAGACCCGUCUUUGACGAAGCAGACUGACAUUCAUCUAACCAUCGGCCAUCUUAAGCAGGAAUCAUCCAUCCAUGAUAUAGAGAUAGUUCUAGUAAAACAUGUGGACGGCAGGAUAUCUCACCAGCAACUUCAAUCUGUUGAAAAUAUUGAAUCAUAUCUGAAACACCAUUCACCUACAUACAAAGUCAGUUUGACUGACCAAAUUACACAGACAGUACAGAUGAUGGAAGAAGAGGCAAAAGAAAAUGAUACACACUUAAUACUUGUCACAGACAAAGAAUCAUCUGAACUCAAGAAAAUGCUGACCGAGUCAAAACAGAAGGGUUUAAAAUUCUCAGCAAUAUUAAACAAAUAUAACCCCAUUGCUGGUAACCUAGACAAUCUUCAUACUGUAGGAAAGAAAGUUGGACAUACUCUUUUAGACAGGUUAAGGAAUAUCAUCCUAGAAGAAACACCAAGAAAAAUAGUUAUUACCACGGAUUCAAUACAUCUGUCAAACAUGGUACCGGUUUCAAACUCUGUAUUGAUUGAUCAAACAUUGGUGAAUCACGUGACAUUCAUAUUUCACUAUGACACUGACCAGCCGAACAUAGAUCUCAGAUCACCGUCGGAUGUUAUUUACGGUGUGGAGGACGAUGUAUGUACUAUAGAUUAUGAUCUAAGAGUGAUUAGAUUUCAUCUGGAAUUCACAGAGGUAGGUACAUGGACAUAUACGGUGAUGCAAACAUCCCGGAGUUCUCAGAAUGUGCGUGUUACAGUAAUAUCAGAAGAAGAACAAACCGAAAUAGACCCAAUUGUGUUGAAACAUUCAGUAAAAACUGGCAAAGAAUACGAAAACGUCAUUUUACUACAUGUUGAUGCAAUGCAAGGUUCGAGUCCAUUAACAGGUUUAACAGUUGUGGCCAAGAUAGAGACACCGGAAAUGAAAGUAGAACAUGUCACUUUACUGGACAACGGAGCAGGACUCGACAUUUCUAAGAAUGAUGGAAUAUAUUCACGUACAUUUAUUGCUCCAAGAAUCAAUGGAUCAUAUCACGUGACUUACAUGGUUACAAGUAACUCUAGAGGAGACACACAGAAAGAAAAAGGUUACACAAAGAAGGAUAACACUCAUAGUCUAAUUGAGAGCAAUUUUCAGCGCCAAAUACCAGCUGGUACAGUACACAUCAGUUGUAUAGGGAUAAACGAUAUGCAUGCCAAAGAUCGUGACGUCAUACCUCCAUCCAGGAUGACCGACUUGGAAGCAGUAACGUUUAUUCCAUAUAGGAACAGUAUUGUACUAAAAUGGACAACACCUGGUGAUGACUUUGAUCAUGGAAAACCUUUCGGCUACCACCUUUAUAUAGGAUAUGACAUCAAUAACGUACGCUCGUUCCUAAAAUAUAUUUCUACCGGAAGUUAUGAUGGCACCGGACAUGUUGCAAAUGAGACGAUUGCUGGGAAAUCAAGCGCCACAGAGACUGAGAUCUUUUUGUGGGACGUCAAGGUGUUUGCUCGGACAUAUGUGUUCGCUGUGCGUGCGUUCGAUGACAGUGGUAACAUCGGGGAUAUUUCAAAUGUUGUUACCACGACAACUACUUUAAGACCAUAGCGGUUUUCUGACUUCCUGUAAAAAAGUUAUUUUUAAAUUUGUAUAUCUCUAUCACUUUAAGUAUGACCUCAUUGUUUUGAAUAUUAUGUCUCAGGUUGGCGGUUCUAUGCUGUUAUUUUGAUUGAUAUUAAUUUCUCAGGUACAUGAAGUUGUUACGUUAAUUUGUUGAAUAAUUGCUCAGGUACAUGAAGUUGUUACGUUAAUUUGUUGAAUAAUUGCUCAGGUACAUGAAAUUGUUACGUUAAUUUGUUAAAUAAACUAAAUAAAUUUGUAAACAAGUAAAGUUUGUCAUUUAUAUAUGCUGAAAAUGACAAUUUCUUCAUACAUACUACCUUAAUUAAAUGAAAAGUGAUUUUGGCUGUUGGUGAGAGCGCUUUACAUUAAGAUAUUCUCAACGCAAUAGCAGAAAUAUUGUGCACAUGCGUG